CUUGGACAGCGGGGACGCGCGUGGGGCCUCGGCGCGCCGACAGCGGCGCGCGGGGCCGCUGGGAAGUUGUGAGAGCGGCGCGCGGGGGCGCGCUUGCGCGCACGAGGGCCCGGUCCGCGAGCAGCCGCGGCCGCCCGGGUCGCCACCCUUAGCAGCGGUCGCGGUCGCUGCCGGAGCUGUGUUCCCCGCCUUAGCCGCUGGCGCCUCCGAAGAGAGCGGCCGGUGGGCCCGCGUCCUGUCAGUGGCGUCGGAGGCUGGCGCUGCGGCGGCCGCGCCCUUCUGGUCCUCGAGCAGCGCUGAGGAGCCAGGGUCGGGCACGGCUGGCUGAAGGCUCCGGGCAGCUGAGGCCGCCCGAGGAGAAGGCGGCCCCCGCGGCGGAGGCGCACGUCGGGCGGGCUCCUGGAGCCUGGAGGAGGCGGAGAGGACCAUGUCCGGGAGGCGCUUCCACCUCUCCACCACCGACCGCGUCAUCAAAGCUGUCCCUUUUCCUCCAACCCAACGGCUUACUUUCAAGGAAGUAUUUGAGAAUGGGAAACCUAAAGUUGAUGUUUUAAAAAACCAUUUGGUAAAGGAAGGACGACUGGAAGAGGAAGUAGCCUUAAAGAUAAUCAAUGAUGGGGCUGCCAUCCUGAGGCAAGAGAAGACUAUGAUAGAAGUAGAUGCUCCAAUCACAGUGUGUGGUGAUAUUCAUGGACAAUUCUUUGACCUAAUGAAAUUAUUUGAAGUUGGAGGAUCACCUAGUAACACACGCUACCUCUUUCUGGGUGACUAUGUGGACAGAGGCUAUUUCAGUAUAGAGUGUGUGCUGUAUUUAUGGAGUUUAAAGAUUAAUCAUCCCAAAACAUUGUUCCUGCUUCGGGGAAAUCAUGAAUGCAGGCAUCUUACAGACUAUUUCACCUUCAAACAGGAAUGUCGAAUCAAAUAUUCGGAACAGGUGUAUGAUGCCUGUAUGGAGACAUUUGACUGUCUUCCUCUUGCUGCCCUCUUAAACCAGCAGUUUCUCUGUGUACAUGGAGGAAUGUCACCUGAAAUUACUUCUUUAGAUGACAUUAGGAAAUUAGACAGGUUUACAGAACCUCCUGCCUUUGGACCUGUGUGUGACCUGCUUUGGUCUGAUCCUUCAGAGGAUUAUGGCAAUGAGAAGACCUUGGAGCACUAUACCCACAACACUGUCCGAGGGUGCUCUUAUUUCUACAGUUACCCUGCAGUUUGUGAAUUUUUGCAGAACAAUAAUUUAUUAUCAAUUAUCAGAGCCCAUGAAGCCCAAGAUGCUGGGUAUCGAAUGUACAGGAAGAGCCAAGCAACAGGCUUUCCAUCACUUAUUACAAUUUUCUCUGCCCCCAAUUACCUAGAUGUCUAUAACAAUAAAGCUGCUGUGUUGAAAUAUGAAAACAAUGUCAUGAAUAUCAGGCAGUUUAAUUGUUCUCCACACCCCUACUGGCUUCCAAACUUUAUGGAUGUUUUCACAUGGUCUUUGCCUUUUGUUGGGGAAAAAGUCACAGAGAUGCUGGUAAAUGUGCUCAACAUAUGCUCUGAUGAUGAACUGAUUUCUGAUGAUGAAGCAGAAGAUCACUACAUUCCAAGCUAUCAGAAAGGAAGCACUACAGUUCGUAAGGAGAUCAUCAGGAGUAAGAUCAGAGCCAUUGGGAAGAUGGCACGGGUCUUUUCAAUUCUUCGGCAAGAAAGUGAGAGUGUGCUGACUCUCAAGGGCCUGACUCCCACAGGCACGCUCCCUCUGGGUGUCCUCUCAGGAGGCAAGCAGACUAUCGAGACGGCCACAGUAGAAGCGGUAGAGGCCCGGGAAGCCAUCAGAGGGUUCUCGCUUCAGCACAAGAUCCGGAGUUUUGAAGAAGCACGAGGUCUGGACCGAAUUAAUGAACGAAUGCCACCCCGAAAAGAUAGCAUACAUGCUGAUGGGCCAAUGAAAUCUGUAACCUCAGCACACUCACAUGCUGCACACAGGAGCGACCAAGGGAAGAAAGCCCAGUAAUGACUUAGAGUCCUGCCGUGGCUCAGGUGGAUCUAAAACUCAAGAACAAAUUUUAUUUAUUUAUUAUUGGAAAAUGAAAAGCAACUCAAACAAUUUCAACCUGGAGGUGCAUUUAUAAUUCAGUCUGCAUUUAUUCUGUAAAAAGGUGACUGUUUUAUAAAUUCUUUUAAUUUAUGUUCAAUAUAUAUAAAAAGUGUAUCUGUUUUGUUUUUCCCUUUUCUCUCCAUAAUUUUAAAAAAUGAAUCUGAUUGUUGUCAACACAUUUGUGAAGUCUUGUGCUAUAAAGGGGAACUUCCCCUAAUAAAGGGCCUUGGAAAUCUGCUGGGUUUCUGACUUGAACUAGUCAGUCUUCAUUAUUGUUUUUUGGAAGUUAAUGUCUUGUCUUUCAUGUAAGACUAAUAACUUUUCAAAUGCAAGAAGAUUUUUUUCCUUUUCAUUUUUUUCCUUUCUGCUGGGUGCCACUGAAGAAAGUCCUCUUAGAUUUCAAUGGCUAAAACUGCUUCUCUUCUUAUGGGAAACUGGAUCAUAGUAGAACUUCAAAGUGAAUAACCCAAACCCAGUGAUUUUAAGGGCGAAGAGAAAUGUUUUCCAUAAUAACCUACUUUCUCUGGACUCUCAGUUCCUUUAAAUAUGUUCUAGUAAAACAAAAUAAAAAAUAACAAGGGA